AAAAAACAAAACGUCAAGUCAAACUAAAAAUUUUUCAGAUAAACAAAAAGAAUGUAAUUUUAUGAGUCAUUUAAAAAAUUUACCAUGGGUACUAUCAAAAAUGUGAUAGUUGUAUUUUUAACUCUACAAAUAUUUGUUGUAACAUGUAGCGACAUUACAAAACUUGCUUUUGGCCAAUUUACCCAUGGACUUCCAGCAGCUUUUGGAGACUUUAACUCUGAUGAACUUACAGAUGUGUUUGUGUUAACUAAUAAAGAACAAACACUCCAGAUUCUUCUAGCUUAUGCAGAAGAACCGUUGCUUCGACCAGCACCUACUCUUAAUUGCACGUUUAAAAACCACAAGAUCACCAGUGUUGUACCAGGUGAUUUUGAUGGAGAUGCCUUGAUGGAUGUGUUAAUAACUACUAUUAGAACUGAUACCUGGAUUAACAAUGCGAGAACAAGUAUUUAUAUUCUAUGGGGAGGUAAUACUACCUUCAAUUGUCCAGAGAUUGAAGAGAAUCCAUUUAUUGAAAUGUUAGGUCAACCAUUGGCAAUUGAUUAUAAUCAAGAUAUGAUCAUUGAUUUGUUUGGAGAAGACACCGAAAAACAAAGAGCCUUCUGGGUUUUUGAUAAAAACAGAACUGAGCCUAAGAAAGUGUUGAUGAAGCACCAUAAUAAAGAACCAAUGCCAGAACUCAUGAAGCCCCAUGCUCAUGCAUUUUUAGAUCUUAAUGAUGACUAUAUGGCAGAUUUGUUCAUAACUACAGUAGAGAAUUUUGAGAUAUGGCUAGGUAGAGAAGAGUCAAAUCCAAAGAAAUCCAAAUUUGAUCAUAGUAUUAAAAUUGAUCAUCCCAUCAAUCCUAAAACUGGGAAAAAGGCGCUUAUAAUAGGCCAGUCUCUUUUUGUUGAUGUUGAAUUAAAAGGAAAAGUUGAUUUAGUAACACCUGUUUGUUAUGACUGGAGCUGUCAGAAUGGUGCUUUGUUGAUUUAUUCAAACACAGAACGAAAAUGGAUUGAUUUGCAGGUAAAUUUUAAAGAUGAUUACCAAAGCGUAUGGACAUUUUAUAAAAAUGAAAACUCUAAAUACACUGACGUAAUCACCCUAAGAAGCGGCGAUUUCAAUAUGGACGGCUAUCCAGACAUUUUAGCUACUCUAACUCCAGUAUCAAGUAGUACACCACAAUCCUUCCUUUUAGAGAACGUCCCGUGUCAAAACUAUUGUGGUUCUCUAAAACGGACGUAUGAAGUUCGAUGGUCCUCUUUAAAUCCCUUUAAAAAUGGUACAAUAAUGGCAGCGUUCUUUGAUUUCUAUCAGGACGGUAUUCUUGAUUGCAUUGUUGUCCAAUCAGUUGCUGGGGAGUAUAAGACCGCAGCUUUCAAGAAUAGUUUGGAUUAUGAUGCCAAUUUCAUUAAGGUUAUGGUACUCACCGGGUUGACUAAUAAGAAUAACCCGAUGAUGAUGGGUCGAGUGGGGAAGAAACGAAGAACGUAUGGAACAAAUUUACCAGGUCCUUCCAUAUCUUACACAACAACAACACAAGAAGGCAAUAUCCGUCAUGGACUCUCGUGUCAGCUUCCUCAAUCGGCUCAUUUUAGUCUCAGCCUUCCAUACACAAUCUUUGGUCUAGGCCGAACGCCAAAUUUUGUAGACAAAGUCACAGUGGGACUUUCAAACUACUCCAAAGACUGGACUCAAAUCAUCCCGAAUUCUCAAAUGGUAGUCAUACCAUGGCCUACCACCGAGCCAUACAAAUGGAAAGCUCAACUGUUUGUGACGCCCAGCAAACUGAUCCUAAUGUCAGUCGCGGCCUUGACUACCGUAUGUGGUUUGAUUACUGUGAUAAUAGGCGUCCUGCACUGGAAAGAGCGACAGGAGGACAAGAAGGAGAGGUUGUCGGAGUCCCAUAGGUUCCAUUUCGAUGCAAUGUGAUUUUAUUAGUAUUAUACAUUAAUAUUUUAGAUUUUCAGGAUUAUUAUUAAGCAAAAAAUGCUAACAUUUGUUAUUUUAACAAACCUUUCAUAACUCCAUUGUAUAGACAAGCUUUGUCAAGUGAUUUAACAAUACAUCUGCUUUCUAAAUAA